UCUAUCGUCCAGCUGUCUGAACACCCACAUGUAAACUUGACUGUGUAGCCUUUAUUCCUUUUAAAAAGCGGAUUUCAAGUGUCUAAAAGAAAGUUUUAGUUUCUUCUUCAUUACACAUCGGAUUACAUAACUUAGUGUACACUUGAGAGCAAAUGUUGCGCUCUUUUAGAGGUCACACCUGGGAGAAUUGGGAAUGGGAUCCGGACAGUAAAUCUCCUGAUGCUCAUCUGUCUCUGUGCCGACAAGCCGUAUAUUUUCAUAUCAGCCCUCUGCUGGACAGUCAAGGAACUGCUGGGGUCAGAGGCACCAACGGUUUCACUCAUGGUGAGCAUUACUGGGAGAUUGAGUUCCUUGAGCCUCCAUAUGGAAGCUCUGUGAUGGUGGGGGUCGGUACCCAAAAUGCACUUCUGCACACUGGGGAUCAAAAGUUUGUUAACCUCAUAGGCAUCGACAGUGAGAGUUGGGGUCUAUCAUACAAAGGCUUCGUCUGGCAUAAUGGGAGGAGUCGAAAAUACACAGAGCCUUUUUAUGAAAGAAAUACGGUCAUUGGGGUUUUGCUGGACUUGAGCGCUGGAACACUGACGUUCUUCCGAAAUGGAGUGAACCUUGGGGUGGCCUUCACUGGACUGGAGCAGGUCAGCAAGGCUCUGUAUCCUCUGGUGAGCUCUACGGCCCCUGAAACUGAGCUUCAGCUGGGCGUGAGGAGCCAGAGAAUCUCCUCCCUACAGGAACAGUGCAUACACAUCAUCACACGGUCCCUCUCACAUUAUAGACACGCACACGAAUUACCAUUACCCACACCUCUGCUCUGUCAAAUACGCACACAUGCGCCUUUAUAAGCGGGGCACUACCUGUUUCUCCAACUUCAAAUAACACAAUUCUGUCCAGUGCAACAGAUCAAUUUUAUAUGACGCCUACCUCAAAAAAAUUUAUUUUAUCACUUAAAUUGAACAAAAACAGAAUGUGUGACCUUUAACUAUGUAAUCAUGUUGCCAUUUGUAUUCUUAAUUAAUAUGCCAUCUCUGCCCUUUCUAGAUGAUGUUGUUGGCAAUGAUUGUGUUCCAAAAUAAGAUAUAAUCACCUGUAUUUAUAAUUAGUGUUUUUUGUUAUACUCACAGGGUAGUUAUUUUGGGGACAAAUAUGUAAAAGCCAAUUAAAUAUAUCUU